CCACUGCAAGCGCAGUUCAUUUCGAGCCGUCAGAAAACCUGAAAACCCAAGCACUUACUUAUUGUAGCUUGCAAUAAUUAUGUCUGGGUCUAAGGCUUUUUUUAUUGUUGCAGCUUUUUCUUUUCUAUUGUGCAGUGUUGUUAGCUUGCCUGAGUACUGUGGGAAGCCCACUGAAGCGAAAACCCUUGGUCUGCCAGAAGGAUUCAAGUUGAAGCAAACUCACGUGAUAAUCAGACAUGGUGAUCGUGUCCGUGCAGGGUAUCAUGGCCCAUGCUGGGAUGGUGACAAAGCCAUCUGGGACUGCACCUUGACAUCAGCUUCUCUUCCGGCUAUUAAACAUGACUCCCAUUACAUAGUUGUUGAUCGCAUCUACAGGCGUGUUUAUCUGAACGGCCGGGAGUCUGAUGCUGGAGACUGUGCCAUUGGCCACUUGACAUUAGAAGGCUACAAACAGCAAGAGCUUAAUGGUCAGAUCCUGCGAAAAGUAUAUGUAGAUACUGGAUUCCUGAAAUCAAACUUCUCUUCAACAGAAAUGUACCUCAGGAGUGAUGAUGAAUCAAGGACAAUGCAGUCUGCCCAGGCACUCAUCCUUGGCAUGUAUCCCCCUGCAACCAUCGCGUCAGACCGCGCUCAAGUGGCUGACAUAAACACCAUGGAUAAGCUAUUUGAUAGCAUCGAACCUAACACUAUGUUAUGCCCAAAGCUAUCAGAGUACAACCAUGGGUUCUUGAAGACCGACAUGUGGAGACAUCACUACAAUGGCAUUACCAAGCCACUCCUCCUGGAAGUCCAAAAGGCUCUUGGCUCUAAUAAAACUCUUGAUAUUGAUGGCUUGGAUGACCUUGUGGACUGUAUUCACACCCAUCAAUGCCACGGCUUUGCGAUCCCGCCCGGUAUAACAGAUGACCUUUUCAAGCGCAUGGUGGAUGAACUCUUGUACCGCUGGAAUUCCAUGUACUUGUACCCUUCCCGGGAGAAGUAUGCUACCGUCGGCAUUGGUUUUCUAAUCAAGGACAUUUGGCAGGAGGUUAUGGAGUCCCUUACGGGUGAAUCCCUUAGGAAGUUUCUGCUGUAUUCCGGACAUGAUGGGACAAUUCAACCAUUUUUGAGUGCCUUCAACGUUACUGAUUUCAAAUGGCCCCCCUACGCCUCUUUUCUUAUGCUAGAGAUACUCGAGGUCACCGGAACUCCCCAAGCCGGUACCCCCCAGUACGCAGUGCGCAUGCUCUACAAUGGAGAGCUGCUGAAGUUUCCAUUCUGCGAUGCCAAUCCCUGCCCCAUGGAUCAGUUUGAAGCAUACGUUAACACCAUUAUUCCACACAACCCUGCUGAAGACUGCAAGGUUUCAGACCCUGAGGUGCUCAAUCAGAAGCCGAUUCGUUUCCUUCCCAACAGAGAUGGCUAAGCUAAAAGGUGCACUCAGUGAAGCUGUCUUGGUGAGGUUGAUCUACAAAAGCAACACCUUUACAAACCUUGUCUGAUUUUUAUUGAGGUUGAGAUCGGACAACCCUCAAUUUAUUGACUAAUCCUUAAACUACAUUGUUCUUUUAAGUUGUUCGCGACCUUUUUGAAUUGCUAGUGCAAAUCGCGCUGUGUAUCCCGUAAUUCGUCUCGCAAUUAGUAGCGUAAAAAUCCUUUUUAGUCGCGCGAUGCGUCACGCGAUGCGUCACGAGAUAUGUUACGUGAUAAGUCGCGAUGUGUCACGUGAUAAGUAACAUGGUUUUCAGUCGACGUUGCUGUAUACACGUGCUUUUAAACACGAGGUUCCGUUUAUAAAAAGGGAUAGCUCCUCCCACCCCCGGGCUCAAGAACAAUCAAUUAUCAAUCAGCCGUCAAUGAGUCAACAUGUCAGGGCAAUUUCUCUGAGCGCUAAAUUCAAAUUUUAUAUUUAUAUAAUUCCCAGAGUUGUCCAUCUAAAAAAAGUGUCUAUCGUAAAAUAAUGCUAUACCAAGCUGUGUGCACUCUAAAAUACGAACAUUUUCAUCACAGCACGAAAAUAAUUUAUGCAGAUGCGUUAGAUUACAAGGGCGUAGCCCGGGGGUAGCCUAGGCCCCCCCCCUUUAGUAGCCAAAAAUACAGUUAAUGUAUGAGACAUUAUCUAAAAUAAUGGAGAAAAUGCCUUGAAAGUCCCUUUAUGCCUCUGUUAAAAAUCCUGGCUAGACGAGAGCUUGCAGCACGACCUUCACAGAUGGUAAUUUCCGUGGCACGAAUAAUGCAGAAAGGUAGUUAGGUGAGAAUUAGUAUCGCAAUAAGAUUUUAGCUGUUGUGGGAGUAAUUAAAUAACAACUGCUUCCAGCUUGGUAAAUUUAUUAUAAUUGACAAAAGUUUAUGUAUAAGCUUCGUAUGAAAUACUGAUACUUGUGCUGAAGAAAUUAAUGAUAACAUAAACUAUCAAAAUAAAAUGGCUUUUUUUUACAAACGAA